UAUGGAGACUUCACUCCCAGAACCGGUCAAUAUGUUAAAAACCAUCGAAUCCACAAUUAAAAAGGAUAAGUCGGUGCUUUAUAUUGGAUCUUCUUCCAAAUCAAAGGCAGAAAUAUCUAAGAAGAGGAAGAAGAAGGGAAAGGUUCCCGUGUCUAAUAAGAAAGCAAAUAACAACAAAGGGAAUAACAAGGUUAAUCUCAAAUCAAAUCAAGAAUGUUAUCAUUGUGGCAAAAAUGGGCAUUGGAAGAGAAACUGCAAGGAAUAUCUUGCAAGCCUGAAAAGUUCAGGUAUUUAUUUUGUUGAAGUUAACUUAUCAGUUAAUGAUUCUUCUUGGGUAUUAGAUACCGGCUGUGGCUCACAUAUAUGUAAUGAGUUGCAGAUGAUGGCAAGAAGCAGGAAACUAGAGCAUGAUGAAACAAUUCUGAGGACGGGCAAUGGAGCAAGAGUUGCUGCAUUAGCUGUUGGGACUGUUAAUCUAGUUAUGAAUGGUGGUAAUUGUUUAAGUUUGAACAAUUGUUUGUAUGUUCCAGAAAUAAUAAAGAAUAUCAUCUCUAUUCCAGUUUUGGAUAGAGAGGGAUAUAAGUUUGUUAUCGGAAAAGGGAAAUGUUCCAUUUUUCAAGAUACAUCUUUUAUAUAUUCUGGAAAUUUAACAAAUGGUUUGUAUACCAUUUCACCACAAAGAAACAUCCUAACAAUUCAACAAAAUAAAAGAAAAAUAGAUAAUCAUAGUUCAUUCACACUUUGGCAUGCUAGAUUAGGUCAUAUAUCUGAAAAGAGGAUUCACAAAUUAGGACUUAAACUCAACCUUAGGGGAGAGGAUAAGUUACCUACAUGUGAAUCAUAUCGAGGAGGUGAAUAUUUGACUAAUGAGUUUCUAGAUUAUCUAAAGGAUAAUGGGAUUCUAUCACAAUGGACUCCUCCUGGAACUCCACAACUUAAUGGGGUUUCAGAAAGGAGAAAUCGAACAUUGUUGGACAUGGUUCGAUCAAUGAUGAGUUCCACUACACUACCUCUUUCAUUCUGGGGCUAUGCCUUAGAAACAGCUGCACAUAUUUUGAAUAGAGUGCUAAGUAAAGUUGUGCCUAACAUACCUUAUGAGAUAUGGUAUGGUAAAACCCCUUAUAUGAAAAUAUGGGGUUGUGAUGCUUAUGUGAAGCAGCAAGUGGGAGUUAAGUUGGAUAUGAGAUCCAUCUUAUGUAAAUUUGUGGGGUAUCUAAAAGAGUCUAUAGGAUAUUAUUUCUAUGAUCCCUCAGAACAAAAGGUGUUUGUUUCGAGGAAUGCUGUUUUCUUAGAAGAAGAGGUUCUUUCUAAAGAAAACAAUGAGAUUAUAGAACUUAAUGAAGAACCACAAAUUAUUCCACAAAUUGACACAGAUAACAUACAAGUAGAAACUGGGCAAAGUGAAACACAACCUCUUCGGAGAUCCAUGAGGGUUUCCAAGGUAUCUGAUAGAUUGUACCUAUUGUUAAAGAACAAUGAAGAGGGACUUCUUUUGGAUAAUGAUCCAAUAAGCUAUGAAGAGGCAAUGUUAGACAUUGACUCUAAGAAAUGGCAAGAAGCUAUGCAAUCCGAAAUGGACUCUAUGUACUCUAACAAGGUAUGGACCUUGGUAGAUCCACCAGAGGGUAUUGUACCCAUUGGCUGUAAGUGGGUCUAUAAGCGAAAGCUUGGAGUUGAUGGGGAAGUAGGGACUUAUAAAGCAAGACUGGUUGCAAAAGGUUAUACUCAAAAACAAGGAAUUGAUUAUGAGGAAACUUUUUCACCAGUAGCAAUGCUUAAAUCUAUUCGGAUUUUACUAGCCAUAGCUGCGUAUUAUGACUACGAGAUAUGGCAAAAGGAUGUAAAGGCU